CAUCAGAGACCCCCCCAGAUUUGGGGUAUCAGAGACCCCCCCCCAAUGGACUCGAGGUGCUGCUGGACCCCUGAGGGGACCCCAAAUCGGGGAGGGGGACCCCGAAAAUGGGGAGGGACCCCAAAUCUGGGACCCCCAGGACAUCGGAGCAUCAGAGACCCCCCCAAAUUUGGGGUAUCAGAGACCCCCCCCAAUGGACUCGAGGUGCUGCUGGACCCCUGAGGGGACCCCAAAUUGGGGAGGGGGACCCCGAAAAUGGGGAGGGGGACCCUAAAAAUGGAGAGGGGGACCCCAAAAAUGGAGAGGGGGACCCCCAUGGACAUCGGAGACCCCCCCAAAUUUGGGGUAUCAGAGACCCCCCCCAAUGGACUCGAGGUGCUGCUGGACCCCUAAAAUGGGAGAGACCCCCCCAAAAAAAAUGGGGGGGACCCCAAAAUCUGGGACCCCCCAGGACAUCAUUGGGGACCCCCCCCCAAGGAUUUUGGGGACCCCCCCAAGACUUCGGGGACCCCCCAGGACUUCAAGGACCCCUCCAGGAUUUUGGGGACCCCCCCCCAAGGAUUUUGGGGACCCCCCAGGACUUCAAGGAUGCUCCAGGAUUUUGGGGACCCCCCCUGGAUUUUGGGGACCCCUCCAGGAUUUUGGGGACCCCCCCAGGAUUUUGGGGACCCCCCCAAGGAUUUUGGGGACCCCCCCCCCCGAACUUCAAGGACCUCUCCAGGAUUUUGGGGAUACCCCUGCAUUUUGGGGACCCCCCCAAGGAUUUUGGGGACCUCCCCUGGGAGUUUGGAGACCCCCCAGGACUUCAAGUACCCCCCCCGGAUUUUGGGGACCCCCCCAGGACUUCAAAGACCCCUCCAGGACUUUGGAGACCCCCCCAGGAUUUUGGGGACCCCCCAGGACUUGGAGACCCCCCAGGACUUCAAGGACCCCCCCAAGGAUUUUGGGGACCCCCAAGACUUUGGGGACCCCCCAGGACUUCAAGGAUCCCUCCAGGAUUUUGGGGACCCCCCCCAACGAUUUUGGGGACCCCCCCUCUUUAGUGGGGGGAGGGGGGACCCCAAAAUGAGGGGGGGGGAGGGGCAGAACCAAAACUGAGGGGUCUUUGAGGACCCCGAUGACGU